GGAUGCACAUCUAUGUUAAGAACCCGACUGGCAGGACGAUCUGCCUCAAGGUCCAUGCAUCGGACACCUUGUACAGCGUCAAGGCCAAGAUCCAAGAGCAGUACAGCCUCGUAUGAUAAGCGGGGAGAAGCUACAGGACAACCUCACGCUGGCCGAUUAUGACAUCAAGCAUGAAUCCAGGAUAGACCUCCAGGAGAAGAUGCAGAUCUUUGUGAGGGAGACACAGACGGGUAGGACCAUCCCUCUCGAGGUCGACAGCCUCGACACCAUAGGCACCGUCAAGACAAAGAUCCACUACAUGGAGGGCUUCCCCACAAACCUGCAGUGCCUCAUCUUUAAAGGCAAGCAGCUCGAGGACGAUGAGCGCACGUUGGCCGAGCACAAUAUACACAAGGAUUCCACGAUCCUUCUCGUCCUCCACCCACGCCCCAGAGGUGGGAUGAUCAUCUUCGUGAAGAUGUUGAUAGGGAAGACCCUCACUUUCGAGGUUGAGAGCUCAGACACUGUCGAGAGUGUCAAGGUGAAGAUGUACCAGAAGGAAGGUAUUCCUCCGAUACAAACACGCCUCAUCUUCGCCGGCAAAGAGCUGGACGACAAGCGCACCCUGGCGGAGUACAAGAUUCAGAAGGAGGAUACCCUUCAUCAUCUGCUCUGCCUUUGUGGUUGUUGAUCGAGAUGCAUGGCUAUUCUGGAACGACCAGUUUUAUUUUGCUGCACUAUAGUCUUGUUUCUCUCCUUCCAUAUUCCAUUAGUGGUGAUUUAUCAGUAUGCACCACUAUCACUCAGUAUGUCAGGUCUUUCUGGUUCCCUUCUACAGUAGUAGUGAUGUGGUGUUUUAUCAGCAAAACUACUUAUCAUUUGUAUGAAUGCGUCACCUCUUGCAGCCUUUGCAAGCAGCAGACACACUACAAAGUACCCGUAGUGAACGACAUUACCU